GCCGUUUUGAUGACAUUGGAUAGCGCGGUAUUGCCGAGAACGAUAAUAAAGUGUGCGUCGGUGAUGUCGAAGCCGCGCCUUCUUUAAGUUCUCUGCUCGAGAGCGAGCGAGAGAGAGAGAGAGAGCGAGAGAGAGAGAGAAAUUCGAUUAAAGCGGGAGCUUCUGUGAAUCGUAGUCGUCAGGCAUGGCAACGGCACAGGCACAGGCUGUCGCCGAGAUCAGCGAACUGGAGUCUCUCCAGCUGACGAGGAACCUUCUUCGAAUUGCCAUUUUUAACAUCUCGUACAUACGUGGACUUUUUCCAGACAAGUACUUCGAUGACAAAUUUGUUCCUGCUCUAGGGAUGAAAAUCAAGAAAUUGCUGCCAGCUGAUGCAGAAGCUCGGAGACUCAUCGACUGGAUGGAAAAAGGUGUUUAUGAUGCUUUGCAAAAGAAGUAUCUUAAGACUUUGGUCUUUGGCCUGUGCAAGCAAGAGGAAGGGCCACUGCUGGAGGACUACACAUUCUCAUUCUCGUAUCCCAGUGAGGGGGCAUCAAUGGACAUUACACAUGGAAAUGGCAAGAAGAAGACCAAGGCAUUCUCCUCCAGUGAUUCAGAGCCAACCUCGGCACAAAUGAGGAGUGCAGCAUGCAAACUGGUUCGAACUCUGGUGCAGCUAAUGCAAACGUUGGAAAGUGUACCUGACGAGAGAUAUCUGGUUAUGAAGAUCUACUAUUAUGAUGAUGUAACGCCGGAGGAUUAUGAGCCGCCGUUCUUCCGCUGUGCGACUGAUGAAGAAGACGACAUGACUUUUCCGGGUGAGCGGUCACCAUUUAGAAUGAAGAUCGGAGACGUUAACAGCAAGUACUACGCAAUUGCACUCAAGGUUCGCAGCAUUCUUGACCCCUGUGGUGAUGAAAAUGAUGACGAGGACGAUGAAGGGUCGGACCAGCAGGCAUCAGAUGAGGAAAGCGAGAGCGAGUCAGAUCACAGCAACAAGCAAUCAGAUUCUGAGGGAGAAGAGGGACCAGAACGGAAUAAUGCAAAACCGAAACAGGACAAGGUUGAAGAUGUACAAAUGAGAAACAGCUGCCAUGAAGAAGAAGAAGAAGAAGAAGAAGAUCAGAGUGUAAAGGCUGGGGCAUCACAGGAGGGUCAGGCUCCGAAUGCAGAGAAGGCCAGCAUCUCGGAUGAUGAGACUGAUAUCGAAGGCGGCGAAUCAAAGAGUGAAGAUUCUGAGCUGAUAAAGAGCUGGGUGCUGAAGCAGAAAGGCGUGAUUGAGGUCACAGAUGCUUUGGUGGACUUCCCAGACAUCGAAGUGGCCACGGUCGAAGAGGUGUUUUGCCAACUGGCAUCAAUGGGAAUCAUACGGUCAGUGGGCGAAGACAAGUACAUCAUCAGUGCGAUCAGCAAGUCAGAGGCCGCUGCAUUGGCCAAGGAUGACAAGCGGAAAAAUACAACAGAGGAGGACGUCAGUUCUAAAGACAGAAGCGGAGUUGGAAAGGCACAGCCUGCAGUAAAGCCUGGGUUAGCACAGGCCGGAAGUGUUGAGGGCUUGCCAGAUGCACCAACAACAGACGAGAAGAAGGAUGCAAAGCGGAGUGCAAUGUCUGCUCCCCGAGGAGGAAAACCAAGUGGGCCAACAGCCGAGAUGGAUAUGUCCACAGUUGGAGGUCUUCACUCCUUGGGGUCUGAUGUAACACGGCAGCCAUCCAAUGGGAACGACCAGAUGCAGUGCAUGAACAGCCAGGGUGACACGGAUGCAGAUGAAGAGGGCUUUAAGAAGCCAUCGCUGAUGCCAUCCAAGCUGAGAAACCAGGCUGGGAACAAGGCAAAUCAAGCUACAGGAAGCACUGCAUCAGGGGAUCGCACUGAUGUCCCUAUCAGAAACCGUGCACAUCCUGCUGGUAGUUCAUCUGUGCCAAAUCGACCAGCACUCAACCUCAUCUCACAAAGCUGCUCUGUCUCUGGAAUGCAAGACAGCCAAGACAGUGUAUGUUGCCAAAGCAACAGACGCCGUCGUCGCAAAGCAAGCAGGGUGGAGGACCCCAUUUACCAGAAUUUGAAGAAGCUUCGGCCCGAGAUGUAGGGCCCUACGCGUUUUCACAGAUCUCCGAAAUUUCCAGCCGGCCCGAGAUGUAGGGCCCUACAUUUUCACAGAUCUCCAAAAUUUCCAUCCAAGAGCUAAUUUCCACAGAUUCAACUGUCACAGAUCUAUUGGCCAAUGGUUGGUGGCUUUAAGGAGUCCAUCUGAAUUUUUUUGAAUUUUCCAUCCAUCUGAAUUUUGAAUUUUCCAUGCCCUGCAACGGUCAACGUGAUAAAGGAUGACAGCUCAG